CGCUUCUCUGCGGCGGCGUGAGGAGACGUUUAAAGAUGGCGGCGUCCGCGCGAAGGCGGCUUCGCUGAGGCGGAGAGAUAAAAAAAACCGCGGCUGAGGAGUCGAGAAGGCGGCCGCUUUCCUUCCCUCGCACGCCGGUUCGGAGCUAGGAGGACGCGGAAGAGACCCCAGAGGAGCAGCUGAGACCAAGCGGGCAUGGCUCAGUAAACAUGAAACUGAACAUUCAAAAGGCAUCAAAGUACCAUUGACUGGUGGUAAUGGUUGAUACGGCUUGUUGCCAGCGUCCUAGGUAUCAACCAAGUACAACAUCAUCAUCAUCAUUAUUAUUACUACAACUACUACUAUUAUUUGUCAAACACGGGGGAAAACUUUUUUCAGGGGCCGAAAGAAGUCAAGAAGAUCUACAACAGCCAACGGAAGAAGCUCUUAGCUGGGACAUCAACUAUUUAAGCUGAAUGCAUUGUGAUUUCCAGUAAUUGAGACAGUGAUUCUGAAAGCUGUCCACAUUAAUGAAAAGAGCAAUGUAGUCAGCUUAACUGAAUCGUCAGUGUUGCCUUUUGAAUAAAGCACGACCAGUCCUCUCUGAAGGGACUUCUGCAUGUGAGAAACAUAGAUUCCUACAACCCUUUCAUUUAAAACUUGGUGGGUUUAUUAUUUCCUCCCCCCUCCUUCCCCUUUGGGUAAGUUUUAGCCAUGGAGAAUUGUGAAAAUACACCUCCCCUUCCAAAAGAGCCAGCCAGCACUGAAGUGAACAUGGAGAACCCUUCUUGUCCCCCACCACUGCCGCCCAACGAACAGCCUCCACCACCUCCCCUGCAAACGUCCAGUGAAGCAGAGGUAAUGGACGUUAGCUCCGGUGGUGAUGGACAGUCAGAUACCCCUGCUGGGGACGUCCACGCUGACAACGGGACACAGCUCCUCACCAAGGGAUCUUCGUGCUACCAAAGUCGUCUUAUCAUAGAUCCUCAUAGCGACCAAAGCCCAAGAACUGCUCGCCACGCGCCCUCGGUUAGGAAGUUCAUUCCCGAUCUUAAGUUGCUUAAGGAUGUAAAGAUUAGCGUUAGCUUUACAGAGAGCUGCAAAAGUAAAGACAGAAAAGUGCUGUACACUGGAGCUGAGCCAGAUUAUGAGGCGGGGGCAGAUUUAGGGAUUCGUGGUGUCAAUGGGGAUGUGCAUGCUUGCCCUCUCGGUGGGGGUAGUGGCGGCCUGGCGGCUCAGGUAGCCGGCGAAAAGGAGGAGACCAAGGAUGAGGACAACGAGGUAGAUCAGGAAAAGCGAGUGGAAUAUGCAGUGUUGGAUGAUUUAGAAGAUUUUACAGACAAUUUAAUGGAAAUAGAUGAAGAAGGAGGAGGGUUUGCAUCUAAGGCGAUCGUUCAGCAAGACAAAGUGGAUGAAGAAAACUUGCACUAUUCUUACGAGGAUGAAUUUGAUAAUGACGUGGAUGCUCUGCUGGAAGAGGGCCUUUGCGUUCCCAAGAAAAGGAGGAUGGAUGAGAAAUACGCAGGGGAAAGCGACCAUCAGUCGGACGGAGAAACCACUGUGCAGCCCAUGAUGACCAAAAUAAAAACUGUUCUUAAAAGUCGUGGUCGCCCUCCUACAGAACCAUUGCCUGAUGGAUGGAUCAUGACAUUCCACAACUCGGGCAUCCCAGUGUACCUACACAGAGAGUCCCGUGUGGUCACCUGGUCCAGACCUUAUUUCUUGGGAACAGGAAGCAUCAGGAAACACGACCCUCCUUUGAGUAGCAUUCCUUGUUUGCAUUAUAAAAAAAUGAGAGAAAACGAGGAAAGGGAACAAAGCAAUGACAUCACCCCAAACGGGGAGGUUUCCCCCGUAAAACUGAUGGAAAAAUCCCUGGAACUGGAUUGUCAAACGGAGGAGCCGGACUCUACGGCAGCCGAUUCCGUAACAUUGGAUGAGAAAGAUCCAUCUGGGGGAGACACAGCCCAAGGAGCUUUGGGACAAGUGAAGGCCAAAGUCGAAGUAUGCAAAGAUGAAUCAAUAGAUAUUGAGGAUUUCCGACACUAUCUGGAAAAAUGUUUCGAUUUCGAGCAAGUCACGGUGAAGAAGUUCCGAACGUGGGCAGAGAGGCGGCAGUUCAACCGGGAGAUGAAGAGGAAGCAGGCGGAGUCUGAGAGGCCCAUUUUGCCAGCCAAUCAGAAACUCAUUACGUUGUCUGUCCAAGAUGCGCCCACAAAGAAAGAGUUUGUUAUUAAUCCCAAUGGGAAGUCUGAAGUUUGUAUCCUUCAUGAAUAUAUGCAACGAGUGCUGAAAGUACGGCCUGUUUACAAUUUCUUUGAAUGUGAGAACCCAAGUGAGCCUUUUGGAGCAUCAGUUAUUAUUGAUGGAGUGACUUACGGAGCAGGGACUGCCAGUAGCAAAAAACUUGCCAAGAAUAAAGCUGCCCGAGCUACUUUGGAAAUCCUCAUCCCUGAUUUUGUCAAGCAGACCUCUGAGGAGAAGCCCAAAGAUAGUGAGGAAUUAGAGUAUUUUAACCAUAUCAGUAUCGAGGAUUCACGGGUGUACGAACUGACCAGUAAAGCUGGACUCCUGUCUCCAUAUCAGAUCCUUCAUGAGUGCCUUAAAAGAAAUCAUGGCAUGGGUGAUACAUCUAUAAAAUUUGAAGUGAUUCCGGGCAAAAAUCAGAAGAGCGAAUAUGUUAUGACUUGUGGGAAGCAUACUGUGCGGGGGUGGUGUAAGAACAAAAGAGUUGGAAAGCAACUGGCUUCCCAGAAAAUCCUUCAGCUGCUGCACCCACAUGUGAAAAACUGGGGUUCUUUAUUGCGCAUGUACGGCAGAGAAAGCAGUAAGAUGGUGAAACAGGAAACAUCCGACAAAAGCGUGAUAGAACUUCAACAGUAUGCCAAAAAGAACAAGCCCAAUCUGCACAUUCUGAACAAGCUACAAGAGGAAAUGAAAAAAUUAGCACAAGAAAGGGAGGAAACACGAAAGAAACCCAAGAUGACAAUUAUAGAGUCUGCUCAGCCUGGCAGUGAGCCCCUGUGUACUGUGGACGUGUAAUGAGAGAGAUUUAGGAAUUGGAGCAAUAAAACAAGUGGCGAAAGUUAGGAACGGUUUUCAUGUUUUACUUUGUCAACAGUCUGAAGGAGAAAUUGGUUUGCUUCGGGGAAACAACCUAACCGUCAAAGCUGCUUCAAACGUGCAUAUUGUGUGUUUGCAUCAGGGUUGAUAAUGCUCAGUUUUGUGUGUACUUCCCAAAAUGUUGUUAUUCAAGGGGGCAGAAAUCUACCCGACCAUACAUUUGUUGAGAAGCAGAAAGCAGGGUUGUUCGCCUGGGCAAGCAUCAUUUCCAAAAGAAAUGUGUUUGAUGGAGGUGCUUAAGGAUUAAAAUGCAGAAUGUUCCUUUUAUAGAGUGGAACGAAUGUGUAACCCAGCAGAGCUCGCUGUGCUUUUAGGAAACAAUGCAGGCGCUUGUUUUUCUGAAAGGGUUUCUUGUAUUUCUGCACAAAAGAAUUAAGCAACCGAUCGCACACUUUUUGACAGCUGCAUUGAAGGAAAGACACAAAAAAAUGUGUUGUCGCUUUAUGCCCUUCUAAGAUUAGGCCAGUUAGGAUUGCUUCUCAGUGAAUUUUCGCAGAUUUGGGAUUUUUCUAGCAUGGAUCCAGGGAUUAUCCGAGAAGAACUAACUGCAAACAGCUCUGAGGUUUCCAUGCUUUUAAUUGUUCCAUUUAAGAAAAACAAAGACCAACAUAGGAAGCUGAGAUUGUAAGGUACAUUUCGGUUUCUCUUAGAUGUAAAACAACAAAACUUAAGGCAUAAAGUUGAGCCAAGCAUCAGUGCUCUGCAGCUUUUCUUCAUGCUGGUAGGGCUCAUAACCAUGUUUUCUUACAGUUUGCCAGGUUAACUGUGAAUGUAGCAGCAGUGUUCAGUAAGGUUGCAUAUUUUAUCAUGUCAGUUAAAAUUGCAACGCCUAGCAUUUAUUCCCCGCCAGGAAAAUCACUGGAUUCCUUUCAAGUUGAGGGUUUUGGUUUUUUUAUAUGACUGCCUUUUUUUGUUUUUAUUGUCUGCUUAGUACUUGCAAAUCUGGCUUUGGGAACUAUUUGAAUGUAAAGUGAAAUUGCGAAAGACCGAAGUAAAUUCUGUUGUUGAAGUAAAGAAUAUGAAGGUGUAAACGUUUUCUGCUUAAGACAAACCCUGUUGGUUUUUGGUUAUGGAAGGUUUGAGAAGCAAAAACUACUGUGAAAUCCAUACCAUUUGAUGAUCCCUCCCCCAAUAAAUGUCUGGAAAUUCUCAAUCAUCCAGGUCAGGGUUCUCCAACCAUGGCAACUUUUUAAGACUUGUGGACUUCAACUCCCAGGAAUUCUGGGAGGUGAAGUCCACAAGUUUUAAAGUUGCCACGGUUGGAGACCCCUGAUCCAGGUCAACUUGUCCCAAAGGUGCUUUUUCAAAAGGCCACUGGACUUGGUUCUUCCUUGAAGACAUUUCACUCCUUGUUCAAGAAGCUUCUUUAGUUCUGACUGAAUGCUGGUGGAUGGAAUGACUCUCAGAGGGAGUGCUAACCACCAGAUGACUGCAAGAAAAUAUAAAUCCAUCCAUUCUCCAACAUUCAGUCAGAACUGAAGAAGCUUCUGGGAUGAGAAGCGAAACAUCUUCAAGGAAAACAAAGUCCAGUGGCCUUUUGAAAAAGCACCUUUGGGAUAUUCCUCCACCAGUAAGACUCUCCCCAAAAAGCUAAAAGGAAGGAUUGGUGAUCCAAUAUCCGGUCGCCAAUCUUCCAUAAACAAUGGAUACCUGGUUUCAUGACUCCUUGAUGUUCCUUAAAGCAAGCGAUGCUAGCAAUCUUUUCAUCCUCAUGAACAACACAACUUGCAUCCAAGGGGUUGCUAAUCUGAAAUGCAGAAAAGCACCAGGAUCUCAAAAUAUAUAUCGUCUUCCCCAAAAUAAGGCAUCCCCUGAUAAUAAGCCCAAUCGGGCAUUUGAGCGCAGGGCAAUAAGGCCAAGCGCUUAUUACAGGGUUCAAAAAAAUAUAAGACAGGGUCUUAUUUUCGGGGCAACAUGGUAUUUUUUUUUUAUUUGCAUUUAUAUCCCGCCCUUCUCCAAAGACUCAGGGCGGCUUACACUAUGUUAGCAAUAGUCUUCAUCCAUUUGUAUAUUAUAUACAAAGUCAACUUAUUGCCCCCAACAGUCUGGGCCCUCAUUUUACCUUCCUUAUAAAGGAUGGAAGGCUGAGUCAACCUUGGGCCUGGUGGGACUUGAACCUGCAGUAAUUGCAGGCAGUUGUGUUUAUAACAGACUGUCUUACCAGCCUGAGCCACCAGAGGCUAUAUAUAUAUAUAUUUAUUUACCGUCUUUUGUAUUUGCUUGCUCAGCUGCUUGUCUCUCGCCAUGACCGUUUAACACCUCCAUGGCUGGUUGCACACAGUAAUAUUUGAAUCGGGAUCUAGUCUAGGUCAGUCACCAAGACCAGAGAUUUUUUCUUUUGAGCUUUCUGACUCAUGCUGGAAAACCCAUCUUCCAAUAUUUGAAACCUCUGAAUAAAACGUUGCAUAAUAUCUCUGCGGGAGGCAGAUUGCUUCAGUUGGAAGCUUAUUCCAACAGAAAACUUGGUAGGGAUAAAAAACAAAUUCCAAUUGCAUAACUGUUAAAACACACUUGAUAUUUGGAGGUAUUUCUGAGGCCCUUGGAGGACAUUUUAGCCCUGUAGAAUUUUAUCCCAUUUAUCUCCCCCCAGGUCACAAUUUGCCACAGAAUGAAGCAUGACAUUAAGUGUCUGAUUUCUGUUCUUCAACAGCCAGGUUCUCGUUUUUUAUUCUAAUAUUGAAAACGUCACCGAUCCAAGGGGAAGUUGGAUAUAUUUUUUUUCUACGUAAGAUUUUUUAACCGGGGAAAUUGCUUUCUUUCCCCAAACUUAGAAUGGUGUUUUGUUUUGUUUUUUGCAGGUCCUUUGCAGAAUAUCAUAGUUGCCUCUUUUCCAGAAGCAUUUUUGUUAACGUUGAGUGUAUUUGGUUUUGGCCUUACCUGUCUAAAUUGGUAAAGAGGUGACCACUGCCUUUAAAACAUCUAGAUGUAUCAUUGUAAGCCAAAGGCUAGUAUAAGAACAUUAUGCAUUAUAGGCAGUCCUCGACUUACGACAAUGGAGCCCCAAAUUUCUGUUGUUAAGUGAAAAUAUUUGUCAGGUGAGUUUUGCCUCAUCUUACGAUCUUUCUCGCAGCAGUUGUUAAGUGAACCACUGCCGUUGAUGAGUUAGUCACACGGUUGCUAAGGGAAUCUGGCUUCUCCCUUUGACUUUGCUUGUGAGAAAGUCGUAAAAGAUGAUCUCGUGGAAAAAAAAACAGCAGUCAUAAAUAUGAACCGGUUGCCAAGCACCUGAACUUUGACCAUAUGAUCAUGGGGAUGCUGGAAAGGUAAGUGAGAAACGGUGAUAAAGUCACGUUUUUCAGUGCCCUUUGAACGGUCACGAAAGAACCGUUGUAAGUCAAGGACUACCUGUAUUUUUAACAAGUGCUGCAGUUCUUCGGCAAGACGUUUCAACCGUGCACAAUAACAGCCGGGACAAACCUGUUUCUCGUUGUCAUUCUUGUGAAGUAUAUCUCAUCCUUGCCGAUGUUUUACUAUAGUUUGCGAUGUGUAAACAGUCUUAUAAUUUGUCCCGAAGCACAAGCUAUUGUGAGCCACCGUCGCAUCCAUUCAUUCCAGCUUCUGCAUGCAGUCUGAUAAGAUAUUCAGAACUUUCUGACAGUUCCUUGAUUAACUUGUGGUUUUUCGAAUCAAAUCACUUGGGAUUUCAGUUUCUGGCAAUGCCUUAAAAUUAUUAAAAUCCUCAGGGGCUAAGACACUGAGCUUGUCGAUCAGAAGGUCGGCAGUUUAGUGGUUCGAAUCCCUAGUGCUGCCGUGUAACGGAGUGAGCUCCCGUUACGUGUCCCAGCUUCUGCCAACAUCGCAGUUCCAAAGCACGUAAAAAAUGCAAGUAGAAAAAUAGGGACCACCUUUGGUGGGAAGGUAACAGCAUUCCGUGCGCUUUUGGCAUUGGGUCAUGCCCACCACAUUACCAUGGAGACGUCUUCGGACAGCGCUGGCUCUUUGGCUUUGAAACGGAGAUGAGCACUGCCCCCUAGAGUCCAGAACGACUAGCACAUAUGUACAUGGGGAAACUUUACCUUUAAAAUUACAGCCGUUUCUUCUCUCUCCCCCCCCCUCGCUUUUAACCCUCAUUAAAUCAGUAUAUUUCUCUGGAUGGACCUGUUUUUCAUUGCACCAUCCUUCAAGACAAUAAAACUUUUGCUUGCCUUUUAUUCUUUCCAUGAGAAAUGUGGGAAAACUGUUGAAAUGGUGAAAUAAUAACAGAUGCAGAAAAAUCAGAUGCUAUCCGUUUAUAGCGCCAAUAAAAUUUUAAGUCCAGUUACUUGGAUUCUUAAUUGCUGGGAACAAAUCUGUGUUCUAACAUUGCUCGUACUUACAGAAGUAUUUCACUCUAGCUCUUUUUCCAUCUUAUACUAAUCUGUAUUCUUGGUGAUGGUGAAAACUGAAAUAAUUUCUCUGUCGGGGGGGUGUUCCAAAUUUUAAGCUGGCGUGUCAGCCCUUUCGAACCAUUUGCAGUGAUUAAUUGCAGUAUUGUAUUUUGAAAAUGAAUGUGACCAACUCAAUGUUAACCGGGUGCUGUAUGAAUUGUAUUAAGUUGAGUAAUACAAGUGGUCGGUUGGUUCCCUUUAUAAAGUCUUAUUCUUUGA